AUGAGCUCGCCACUUGACUCCGGAGCUGGAACAGAGCUGUUUGCCAGCUAUGAUUCGGAUUUCCAGUUAGCAUAUAGUGAAAUCACUCAGAAGCUAGAUGAUAUUCCCAAUCUGACGACGGAACAACAGAAACCAGCCAUCAAAGCAGCUGAACGAGCAGUUGAAGAGGCCUAUGAGAUCGUAAGUCGGAAACCAGAGGUUGCUUCACCCAUCAAUCCAAGUCUAUGA